GCACUUCCGGUGGUCGCCAUAUUGAUUUUUUGUCGAUGUUGAAAACACACGUUUUUAAAUCCUUGUUCAAUUUUAUGUCUAACUUUUCGUAUUAUUGUUUUAAAUUGUGGUAUCUGGUUAUUUGUUUAUAGUUACUACCUGAAGGGUAGCAACACAACAGCCAAGAUGCCGCGUAUCAUGAUCAAGGGGGGUGUAUGGCGAAACACCGAGGAUGAGAUACUGAAGGCAGCGGUGAUGAAAUAUGGGAAGAACCAGUGGUCUCGUAUUGCCUCCCUGCUGCACCGCAAGUCUGCCAAACAGUGCAAAGCCCGCUGGUAUGAGUGGCUGGAUCCCAGCAUUAAGAAAACUGAGUGGUCCAGAGAAGAAGAGGAGAAGCUGCUCCACCUGGCCAAGCUUAUGCCCACCCAGUGGAGGACCAUUGCUCCUAUCAUAGGACGCACCGCUGCCCAGUGUCUGGAGCACUACGAGUUUCUACUAGACAAAGCAGCCCAGAGGGACAAUGAGGAGGAUACAGCUGAUGAUCCCAGGAAACUGAAGCCUGGAGAGAUCGACCCCAACCCUGAAACCAAGCCCGCUAGGCCUGACCCUGUGGACAUGGACGAAGAUGAGCUGGAGAUGCUGUCCGAGGCCAGAGCUCGUCUGGCCAACACUCAGGGCAAGAAAGCCAAGAGGAAGGCCAGAGAGAAACAGCUGGAGGAGGCCAGACGACUGGCUGCUCUACAGAAGCGCAGGGAGUUGAGGGCAGCAGGCAUCGACGCUCAGAAGAAGAGGAAGAAGAAGAGAGGAGUGGACUACAAUGCUGAGAUUCCCUUUGAGAAGAAACCUUCUCAGGGUUUCUAUGACACCAGCAUGGAGCUCUACGAAGGUCUGGAACCAAACUUCAAACGCCUGCGACAACAACACCUGGACGGAGAGCUACGCAAUGAGAAGGAGGAGAGGGAGAGGAAGAGGGAUAGACAGAAGAUCAAGAAGAAGAAGGAAAGUGAUCUUCCGUCAGCCAUCCUCCAGACCAGCGGAGUAGCGGAGUUCACCAAGAAACGCAGCAAACUGGUGCUGCCUGCACCACAGAUCUCUGAUGCGGAGCUGGAGGAGGUGGUUAAGCUGGGUCAGGCCAGUGAAGUGGCUCGUCAGACCGCUGAGGAAUCUGGGAUCACUAACUCCGCCUCCUCAGCCCUACUGUCAGAAUACAGCCUUUCCAACAGCGCCAUGGCAACUGGGCUACGCACCCCCAAGACCCCUGCUGCGCAGGACAAGAUACUACAGGAGGCCCAGAACCUGAUGGCUCUAACUAACGUAGACACUCCUCUGAAAGGAGGUCUGAACACUCCUCUCCACCAGAGUGACUUCUCAGGAGUCACACCCCAAAGACAGGCAGUACAGACACCGAAUACUGUACUGACCACACCUUUCAGAACCCCGGGUCCAGGGUCUGAGGGCGGUAUGACCCCCCAGGGAGCGUUAACCCCUAAAGGACCGGGUACUGUGACCCCUGGAUUAACCCCUGGGCGCACCCCUCUACGAGACAAACUCAACAUCAAUACUGAGGAACAACUAGCAGACCCUGCCUACGCUAGACAUCUGCAACGAGAGUCGAGGGAGCAGCUGAAGCUGGGUCUGAUGUCGCUGCCGAUCCCCAAGAACGACUUUGAGAUCGUUCUACCAGAAAACGCAGAGACUGAACUGGAGGAAAUGGAGACGGAGACUGGAUACAUGGAGGAUGCCUCAGAGAUAGAGCUACGCAAACAGGCUGCCCGGGAUGCAGAGCAGGAGAAAGAGCUGAAGCUGAGACACACUGCUGUACAGAGGAUUCUACCUAGACCAUCAGAGGUGAAUGAGUCUAUCCUGCGUCCGUUGGGAACAGAUCCUCUGUCAGAACUGCAGCAGGCUGAGGAGAUGCUCAAGAAGGAGAUGAUCACUAUGCUGCACUUUGACUGUCUACACCACCCACCAGCCAACCAACAGCGCAGCAAACAACGAGGGCCUGCCUCCACCUCCAACAACGCAGAACACAUCGCCCACCUGGACAGACACCCCUACAAGCCAAUCAGCAAUGAGGAGCUGGCACAUGCCAGUGAGUUGCUGAGCCAGGAGAUGGAGGUGGUGAAGGCAGGUAUGGGUCAUGGGGACCUGUCCAUGGAGGCCUACAGCCAGGUGUGGGAGGAGUGUUACGGCCAGGUGCUGUACCUCUCCGCCCAGAGCCGCUACACCAGGGCCAACCUGGCCUCCAAGAAGGACCGCAUAGACUCCCUGGAGAAGAAACUAGAGAUCAACCGAGGCCACAUGACGUGUGAGGCCCGUCGCGCUGCUCGUCUGGAGCGUCGUCUCAAGGUGUUACUAGGAGGGUACCAGUCCCGUGCUGUAGGUCUACUGAAGCAGCAUGGUGAACUGUGGGAGCAGGUUGAGCAGGCAGCUACGGAGCUCCACACCUUCACUGAGCUGAAGAAACAAGAAGACACAGCGAUACCCCGCAGACAAGAGGCUCUAAGGGAGGACGUGGAGAGACAGCAGGAGAGAGAAAAGGAGCUUCAGCAGAGAUAUGGAGACUUGCUGCUGGAGAAAGAAGCUCUGCUGUCUGCUAAAUACUAACACACACCCCUACUAGAAACCCCAUACAUGCUUUCUAUACACACACACAAAUCACUAACACAUAUUAAAAAACAUGUUAAGCAAAUGCACACAUACUGGAGAAAGUGUCUGCUCAAACACAGGAUCAUAGUGACCCUCGUCUCGCUGUCUAAUUGUGUGUUGAUAGGUAAACAUAUUUACAAGUGAAUGAUCUAUUGGAGCUCUGCCUCUUCAUGUCAUAUUGAUGUCAUGGUCCAGUGCUUAGAGCAUGCCCAGUAGUUGCCUCGUGUUGGUCUUUCCUCUGGUGAAUGUGUCUUUUCAUUGGAAUAAAUUAUCAAUACAAAUCUGAUUUCUCCCUAAGACCUGUUUGCUGUAUGUGGUGUUUGUCUGCCCCUAGGAUUUUCUACCUGCAGCAAACCUAGUGGAUAAUUCUGGAAAUACCAGUAAAAGCAAAGUGCCUCAAAAAGCAUGGCCUAUGAAAUGUACAGAGAAACUUGUUCUUAGCAGUGUUUUCAGGGCUAUUGGAUGAUAAUCUGUUUUCCUACAGUUCACAUAUGUGUUGGAAGAUGCCAUAUUGACAGAAAGCUAGCUUUCCAUCCAAUUGGUGAGAUUUUCAUGCAAAUUCUUCCCCCAAAUGGACUUGUUGCGGAUAAAAAAAAGAGUGCUUGAUGACAGUGCACACAAUGUACUUUUUUUGUUUAAGUUUUCAUGUACAGAAUUUUUUUAAUGUUUCCAUUGCAUUUUCAACUCUGAUAGUUUUGUCACAAACUGUUGCAUUAAAUACCAAAUGUACCUAC